CUGACCCUGUCCGAGGCCAGCCCCUUCAAGUUGGGCUUCGAAGGCUCGACGAAAUAUAACGGUUGUCUCAAGAACUUGACGUUGGGUCCAUAUGAGUUCCGGGCGUACGUGCCCGCAGAGAAGUGGGUGGGACCCAAGCCCAUGAUCACGCAGUUCACGCCUGGCCACGACGCUCGUCUGAUCUCGACCGUCGCCCCGGACGCGUCGGAGACGAUCCAUGUGCAACUCUACUUCUCGACGGAGAUGGACUGCAACGGCGUCACCCGGUCAAUCUCGCUGAACUCGACGACGGAAAGUGGCAAGGUGGCUACUCUCGACUCGAACAGCGUCCAUUGCGCUGCCGUGAACCCGAACCCGACCACGAUGGUCGGGCAGAUCCCGAAUGCCUGGAUGUGGGAGGCGGAUGUGACGAACGUGUACAAUGGCAUCCACGAGCUCACCGUCAACAACGCGAGCAGCACCAAUGGCUCGUCGACCGGCGCCGUCGACCACUUCUUCUUCCGGGUCGGCCAGCCCGACAACCCCAUGAUCUUCUCGACCGCCAACUAUUCGACCAGUUUGCUCCACCAGUACGACAACGGCACCCUCUACAUCCAGCACCAUGCCGCGGGAGCGGAUCGGUGGCGCUACUCCACGAACUGGGGAUCGACCUUCUCGGACUGGAUGCCGUACACGGGCGGCAACUCCACCAUCGAAGAACAGCCGUGGUCCGGCACGAAGCUGCAGGAGUGGUCCGGGAAGCAUGUUCGAGUCGAGUAUUACAGCAAACUCACGGGGAGCAGCGACUAUGUCCAGGAGGGUGACGUGGGCUGGGAUUCCAAGGUCCCCCGUCGAUUCCCCCAUCUGUUCUGGAACGGGCCCUACAACGAGUACGGGUACGACGCCGGUCUCAAGAAUCAGAUGGAGCUGGACCAAAAUGACGGUCUUUGGAAGAUCAAAUUCUUGACCGAGUGGCCCGCGCAGGCCCAGAUCAACGUCUGGGGCAUGAACCCCGACGGUCUGCCGGAUGAGGGCUAUGUCUAUGGCGAUGUGGACGGCGACUCGGUGCUGGACCGCAUGCCCCCGUCGGCGCUCUCGACCGUCCUCAUCAACAUCACGGAGCAUCCGCCCUCCCCCUAUCUCGGCUGGGAAAUCCAAGUCAACGAUGGAACUCUCCGCUAUACGCUCCAGCCCGUGGGAUCCGAGGCCGCCCAGAUGGCGCUCUUCUUCCUGCUCUGGGUGAUCCCGGUCUUGAGCGCCGCGGCGAGCAUCUACAUUUUCAUGAAGUCCUUCUACCAGGUCAAGUUCAAUCAGGUCGGUGUGACGGACAAGAAGAGCAUCAUCCCUCUGGCCUGGAGGCGCAAGUUUAAGCGACGGCAUCUGGAGGACGGCGAAGCGAUGAAUCCUCUGAUGCGUCUGGCCAACAAGUCGGGCUUUCUGCAGACCAACUCCGCGUUUGCCGGCGCCACCAAGAGCGACCGGCGACGCAUGGUCCUCAUCGCUACGAUGGAGUACGAUAUCGAGGAUUGGGGCAUCAAGAUCAAGAUCGGUGGUCUCGGUGUGAUGGCCCAAUUGAUGGGCAAGCACCUCGGUCACCAGGAUCUCAUCUGGGUCGUUCCCUGUGUCGGCGGCGUCGACUACCCGGAGGACCAACCGGCGGAGCCCAUGUACGUGACGGUGCUGGGCAACUCGUACGAAGUCAAAGUCCAGUAUCACGUACUGCGAAACAUCACCUACGUGCUGCUCGACGCGCCCGUCUUCCGCCAGCAGACCAAGACGGAACCGUAUCCGGCUCGGAUGGAUGACUUGGACAGCGCCAUCUACUAUUCGGCCUGGAACCAGUGCAUUGCCCACGCCAUCCGGCGUUUCCCGAUCGACCUGUACCAUAUCAAUGACUACCACGGUUCCCUGGCUCCGCUCUACCUUCUUCCCCAGACGAUCCCGUGCUGUCUGUCUCUGCACAACGCCGAGUUCCAGGGUCUCUGGCCCAUGCGGACCCAGAAGGAGAAGGAGGAAGUGUGCUCGGUCUUCAAUAUCGACAUGGAUGUCGCCGCUCGCUACGUCCAGUUUGGCGAAGUCUUCAACUUGCUGCACGCCGGUGCCAGCUAUCUGCGGGUGCAUCAGCAGGGUUUUGGUGCCGUCGGUGUGUCCAAGAAAUAUGGAAAACGGUCCUAUGCUCGUUACCCCAUCUUCUGGGGUCUGAAGAAGGUUGGCAACUUGCCCAACCCGGACCCUUCGGAUACCGGUGAAUGGAACAAAGACGUGCCCCAGGAUUCCGAGAUUCGCGUGGACCCCGAGUACGAAGCCAAUCGAAAGGAGCUCAAGCGUCAAGCCCAGGAGUGGGCCGGUUUGGAACAGAACCCGGACGCGGACCUGUUGGUGUUUGUCGGGCGAUGGUCGAUGCAGAAGGGUAUCGACUUGAUUGCCGAUGUCAUGCCCGCCGUUCUGGAAGCGCGCCCCAACGUCCAGUUGAUCUGUGUCGGACCCGUCAUCGAUCUCUACGGCAAAUUCGCCGCCCUGAAGCUGGAUCGGAUGAUGAAGCUCUACCCCGGUCGUGUCUUCUCCCGGCCGCAGUUCACCGCGCUGCCCCCGUACAUCUUCUCUGGGGCCGAAUUCGCCCUGAUCCCGUCCCGUGACGAGCCAUUUGGUCUGGUCGCCGUCGAGUUUGGUCGGAAAGGAGCGUUGGGUAUCGGUGCUCGGGUCGGUGGUCUGGGUCAGAUGCCCGGUUGGUGGUACACGGUCGAAUCGACGACCACCUCUCACCUUCUCCACCAGUUCAAAUUGGCCAUCGAAAGUGCCUUGAACUCGAAGCCGGAGACGCGAGCGAUGAUGCGCGCUCGGUCCGCCAAGCAGCGGUUCCCCGUCGCCCAGUGGGUGGAGGACCUGGAGAUCUUGCAGAGUACGGCCAUUCGGAUCCACAAUAAGGAAGUGGCCAAGGGCCACGGGCAGCCGUUCACGCCGUCUGGCUCCAAUACUCCCAGCGGCAUGGUGACGCCGCCCAUUGGUGCCCCGGGCAUGGCGACUCCCACGGGGAUGCAGACGCCUCCGCUGGGCCACUCGAGGGAUGCCAGCUAUUCCAACCUCCGCCACAGCACCCUUGGCCCACAGCAGCGGAAUACGAUUGUCUACAGCCGAGAUCCCAGCCCCGGCGGGGACGAGAAACCCAAGUCGGGCCUGAGCCGACAGCUCUCCCUCGGUGUCCGGUCCGGUCCUGGUCACGUCGAGCGUCGGGGCCGGAGAAGAGUGCGGAAGAACAACAACAACAACAACAACAACAACAACAAUAAUAAUAUCCCCGAGGCGGAUGAAGUCGGGGUGGCCGUCACGGAUGUGGAAGACGACAGCGACGAUGAGAUGACCCACAGCUUUUAUGGAGACGACGAGUACACGAUGACUCCGGAGCAGGUCGAGGCUAGCCGUCGGAUGGACAUGGGCCAGCAUGGAUCGUCCCUGACCCCUCUCAAGCAGGACUUCCUGUCUCCCAGCUCCCCGCGGCAGGCCAGCUAUAGCAGUGGCACCCUCAAGCCGCCGGGCUCUCCCACGACGCCGGCGACCCCGGGUGCGGACGAUACCUUGAUGCCGCCGAGCCGACCGUUCGCCGAACCGGGCAACCGUCUCAGCAGCGCGUCCGUGCUGUCCCUGGAUUCGGUGGUUGGAGACAAGAAGGACUUCAAACUGCAAAAGGUGGACCCGUUCUUCACGGACAGCACGGGUGAAUUCUACCGCAUCUUCGAGAAGAAGCUGGAAGAUCUGAAUGGCUCCAACUCGGAGACGCAACUGUGUAUCGAGGAGUACCUCAUCAAGAGUGAGAAGAAGUGGUUCGAACGGUUCCGCGAUGCCCGACUUGGCCGCAAUCAUUCCCCGGCUCCGUCGAUCCGGAAUGGAAAACGGGGCACGUCGCCCGCCGGGUCGAUCUACAACGAGGAUCUGGAUUCCCGCGGCAGCGACAGCAACAAGGAGGGCGAUGAGUUCUUGCUCGGUGCGGACUACGUUCCGCCGACCGGUCUCAAGAAAUGGAUGCAGCUCCGCGUGGGCGACUGGCCGGUCUACUCGCUCUUCCUGGGCCUGGGCCAGAUCAUCGCCGCCAACUCGUAUCAGAUCACCCUGCUCACCGGUGAGGUGGGUCAGACGGCGGACAAGCUGUACGGAAUCGCGACGACGUAUCUCAUCACGUCCGCCAUCUGGUGGCUUGUCUUCCGGUCGUUCAAGUCGGUGGUGGUCCUGACGGUGCCGUGGUUCUUCUACGGGCUCGCCUUCAUCUUCAUCGGGGUUGCCCACUGGGAGGCGAACAAGUUCAGUCGGGGCUGGAUCCAGAAUGUGGCCGCCGGCAUCUACGCCACAGCCUCGUCGAGCGGUUCCAUCUUCUUCGCCCUCAACUUUGGUGACGAGAGCGGUGCUCCGGUCAAGGACUGGGUCUUCCGUGCCUGCGUCAUCCAGGGCACUCAGCAGCUCUAUGUCGUCGCUCUCUGGUACUGGGGUUCGGUUCUGACCAAGAGCAGUUCCGAUGGGAUCAUCCACCCGCAGGCUAUCUCGAACAGCUGGGGGAUGACGGCCAUCACGUUCCCGAUUGCAUUCGCCCUGUGGACGGUUGGCGUGCUGUUGGCGUUGGGAUUGCCCGAUUACUACCGCCAGGCCCCCGGAAAAGUGGCCUCGUUCUACAGGUCGCUGUACCGCCGCAAGAUCGUGCUGUGGUUCUUCGUGACAGUCAUCAUCCAGAACUUCUUCCUCAGCGCGCCCUAUGGUCGCAACUGGAACUUCCUGUGGAGCUCCAAUCACGCUGCAGCCUGGCAGGUCUUCCUGCUGGUCAUCCUGUUCUUUGUCGGCGUGUGGGCGUUGAUGUUGUACAUCAUGAGCCGGCUGUCCAAGGACCACAGCUGGAUUCUGCCCGUGUUCGCCAUCGGCUUGGGAGCGCCUCGGUGGGCGCAGAUCUGGUGGGGGGACAUCCAACAUCGGCCAGUAUGUGCCGUGGGCGGGCGGCUACGUGUCCGGGGCGCUGGUGUCUCGCGCGCUGUGGCUCUGGCUGGGCGUUCUGGAUGCGAUGCAGGGAGUCGGGUUCGGUAUGAUUCUGUUGCAGACGCUGACUCGGCUGCACAUUUGUUUCGUGCUGCUGGGGGCCCAGGUUCUGGGUUCGAUCGCCACGAUCUGCGCGCGGGCGUUUGCGCCGAACAAGAUCGGACCGGGCGACAUUUCGCCGGACAUAGGGACGGCGGUCAGCAACAUUUGGGUGGCAUGGUUCUGGAUUGCGUUAUUUUUCCAGCUCCUGAUCUGGGCCGGGUUCUUCCUCUUCUUCCGGAAAGAACAGCUCAGCAAGCCUUGAUCAUGUAUUUUUCUUGCGUUGACGAAUUUCUUCAGCCCUCAUACCCUGCUUUGUUCUUCUAUUAG